AUGGGUUGCUGUGUUAGUCAAAAUGAAUAGAGAGCAUUCGUCAAUGUAAAUGGAAAUCCUGUUAACCCUCAUUAAAAUGCCUCAUCUUAGAGAAGUCAAGAGGAAAGACCUAGAAGAAGUCUUCCGCCUCCUGCUAUGCCCAAUUCUUCUUAAUCAAAUUAAAAUUCUGCUUAGAAUGCUGCUAGAAUUACUUAUCUAUAAAAUCCAGGUGUUGAAAAAGUAAUAGCUGGAUAGGUAUCAGGAGAAGGAAUAAAAGCCACGCCAGCCUAUGAAACUCCGCUGACUUCUCAUGAAUUAAAUAAGUGGAGAUAAGAAUUCUGGGAGACGAGAACACAAGGUCAAUCUCAUAUAUGGUAGUUACUUAAAAAUGCUUGCUCUGAGACUCACGAUUCUGCUGAAGCAUUGAUCCUAGCAGCAGGAUUAACAAUGCCUUAGAACUCACUAACACUGGUAAUAGAUGAGAAUGGAGUAUAUUAUCGCGUUCCAUUAUGCUGUAUUAAUGAGCCAAUGAAUUACAGUGUAAACUCCUAGGAUGAAAAACUAAAAGAAAAAGAGAAACCCCCUGAAAUUUUGUAUAAUGUAAGCAGCCUUAACUAUCAUAACUUACAAUAGGAUUUGAAAGUAAGAUCAUCGAAGGGAAUUUGUGAACUGAAGGCAUCGAAUUGGGAUUCUGUUAUAGAAUUCAAAUAAAAAUACAUAAAUGCAAUAAAUGAUAAUGAUCUGAAAGUGGAGAAUAUCAGAAUGUUUUGCCUUGGAAAGGAAUUUAAAGAUGACUUAUUUUUAUAUAACUACGAUUUGGUUGAUGAGAUGACUGUAUAAGUAAUGUUUAAGAAAUGA